UUGUUACGGUUUGGUGAUGUGAAGUUAUUUUGUUGAUUAAAUUUAUGAAAAGGCUCUUCUAAUAAGCUGAAAAUAAGUGACGACAUCACUACUGUUAUGUUUUUUAUUUGUGAUAAUAAGAAAACAUGAUUCUAUAGUUUAUGUUGGAAUUUAAAUCGCUAAGAUCGCCACGCCUGUUGUUCACGGCGAUGCGCCCACAAGUUACUCAAUUCAAGUACGCUAUUUAUGUGUUUCACAUAUAGCGAGAAAGGCUUCACAAAUGAUUCUAUGUAUAAUUUAACUCAACUAGAAUCCUUGUCUUUCUUUAUUAAAAACCAUGGAACUUUUUCUAAUUUUAUCCUUCGUUUCACUGGUGUCUGCUUAUGAUAAAGCUUCCUUUUAUGGAGCCAGUUAUAUAUCUUAUCCACUUCAAGAGGCCAAAGGAAUUACAGAUAUAAGUUUUCGGUUUCGAACUCACUUGUCCGAUGCUUUGUUAUUACUGGCAGCUGGAAAAACAGACUAUUGCAUGAUUCGCUUGGAAGGUGGUCGUCUAAAACUGCACAUCAAUCUUGGUGCUGGCGAGAGUGAACUGUCGUCUCCUAAAGGCAUACACCUAAAUGACACUCAGUGGCAUCAUGUCAGUAUUGUGAGGAGAGAAGCUAAUCUCACCAUGAAGGUUGAUGACAGUGCUGUUAAAAAGAAGCUACCUGGAAGAUUCUUUGAGCUCAACAUACAUUUUGGAGUAUUUCUAGGAGGCCAGGGUGACUUCUCCGAGUUGUUCUUGGGUCAUAUGGAGAACUUCAGGGGAUGUAUGGAAGAUGUAUUUUACAAUGGUGUUAAGAUAAUAGAUAAAGCUCGAAGUCGCAGCGGCUCAGUCCAUGUGGAGGGAGUCACUUGGAACUGUGCACCCGAGUUCGACGCCGACAUCAAUUCUGACAUCAGUUUCGUUGACGAAGGAGCUUAUUUAAUAUUGCCGAAGAUCAAUUCCAGGGCUGGAGGAAGAUGGAACAUAGAAUUCAAGACGAUAACCCAAAACGCUAUAAUUCUAUACAAUUCUGGAGGCGGUCGUGGGUCCGAUUUCUUGGCUGUGGAGAUUUUGGAUGGAGUAGUUCGAGUCAAAAUGGCGCGCGGUCAGAUUGUACACACAUUGAGGAUCAAUGAUGGACAAUGGCACAAGAUGCAUUUGACAUUCAACCCUUCACUCAUUGAGUUAACCGUGGACAACAUAGCCAUGAGCACCCGAAUCGAGAGCGGGGGGACGAGAUACCUCGAUUUAUCCGACUCUUUCUAUCUCGGCGGGAUUGAGAGUGAGAAACGACAGCGAGCCUUCGCUAAGGGAAUCAAGGCGGCUGAUUCUAGUAUUAUGGGCUGCAUAAAACCGAUCGAAGUAGACGACAAGAUCUUCGGCCUCCCCAACGCAGUUGUCACCUAUGGAGUGAGCCCUAAAUGUGUCUGGUUUUAUCCUUGUCACGCCAAUCCUGCUAACCCGCCUUGCGUGCCAUCAGCUACGUGCGAACAACAUGGCGUCGACCAUUUCACGUGCAAAUGUGACUCCGAUCUGUGCAUCAAUCCCGAUUACGCUGAGAAAUAUAAAGUUUACUCAAAAUCCAGCAGCGAACUUGAACUCGUAGCCCUCUACCCCCUCACAGUCCAAGAAGGUGGCGUUGCAGUUAUAACCACACAAAACAUAGAUGUGAUCCUCGACCAUCAUAAAUAUGGCGUUAGGCCUUCAGGGGUCCUUCUACACGUGGCCACAUCGCCACAGCACGGGAGGAUAGCAGUGGAUCUAUCGCUUCAAAGGAAUUCGCCACAGUACACCAAUUAUAUAGAGGCCGUUGGGAAAAUGAAACAGUUUUUCACGCUCAUGGACCUUUCUAGGGAUAAGGUCCGUUACGUCCACGACGGUUCCGAGAACCAUCAAGACGCCAUAGUCCUCGACAUGGAGCUGAUUCCGGAGACCAAGUUCACACUACCCAGCUACCUUCAAGGCAGAAACACGUUCGUCCUCCACGUGAACGUCACCCCGGUUAAUGACCCCCCAGUGUUGAACCUGCUGCCGGGGAAGGUGCUGAGGCUUACACAGGGAACAAGAAAAGUGAUCACAUCUGACAUACUGAAAGCAGAAGAUCCCGAUACGCCGCCUGAAGAUCUUCUGUACACUGUCUUGCAUGGAAAAAAUGAAGUGGGCAGUGGUCACAUAGAAAUGUCUGGCCAGCCAGUGGACUCUUUCACCCAGCAAGAUAUAAACGCCGGAGUAAUUUCAUACGUGCACGGCUCAACAACGGACAAACAGCUGAACAAGACUUCUCUAAGGCUGACCUUACAGGUAUCGGACGGCAUCGAGACGAGCGGGCCAGGCAUCCUUCGGGUGUCAGUGGUGCCACUUCAAGUGCGCCUGGUGAACAACACCGGCUUGCAAUUGGUGCACAAUUCCUAUGCAAUUAUCACCGCUGACAACCUCACUUUCACCACCAACGCUGAUGAAACUAACGUGCAAGUCAAAUACGACAUAGUAAAACCGCCUCAGUUCGGCGUGGUAGAACGCCUUCGUGUGCUGGACGGUACUUGGCAGACGGUGGAUUCUUUCACCAACGAUAUGGUUAAUUUUGGCCGGGUUAGGUACAUGCACCUACUUGGCAACCCAUCUCACGACGAGUUCAAGUUCAAAGCAUCGGUAGGCUCUGUACGAACGAAUACCCUAUACGACUUUCGAUUGACGUUCAUAAAACUCGAAUUACACCAGUCAGUAAACGAAGAACUAGUUCUGAACAAUACAAGAGAAGCUUUCAUAUCAUCACAGCAUUUACUGUUCAAAACCAAACCCCUAGCUCUGCCCAAUGACCGAAUUCAAUACACGAUAUUACGCGCGCCCAAAUACGGCAUCCUCCAUCUUUCAUUAGGAAAACACCAUUUACAAACGCAUAGCACUUUCACUCAACAACAUAUAGAUACGGACCAACUAUGGUAUCGAUUACAUAGAAGAGCUUAUUCACAUAUACAAGACGAGUUCUCAUUCGUGGUCGGUGCGACGGAAUGUGAAAAUAUAACUGGAGUUAUGACUAUAAGACAUAUACCUGCGACGACGACCGCCGAACAUUCGCAAGGACGCAUGCGAAUGACCUUGGAACGAUUACAAGUGACAGAAGGAUCAAGAAUGGUCAUUCCAGCAACACAUUUAAAUUUCCGUACGGAUGCCGUCACGAAUCUAGUAUUUAACAUCACCCGUUUGCCGAAACACGGCAAAGUUGAAGUGAUCAAUGAGAACUUGAAAAUUAUAAGGGAUAAUACAACCUACUUCACUUUGCAAGAGUUGAACUCUGACAGGGUUUAUUACUCGCACGACGAUUCAGAGAGUAAGCAUGAUUCGUUCCAUUUCAUGGCUCUGAGUCCUGAGCCGGAAGAUUUUCAAUACGUCGGAGUGUUUCAUAUAGAUAUUAUACUGAAGAACGAUAACAGUCCUGUGCGUACUAAUAACAAUGUAUUCCAUAUUGUUCACGGCGGUGCUAGACUGAUAACUUCAAGGGAUUUGAGUUAUUCUGAUGCGGAUUUGGAUACAAAACCAUCGGAUAUUAUUUACACAGUGCAACGGAACACGAACGAUCCUCCUAAUGGUGGCAUAUUCAGAGCCGACAAUCCUUCGGAGCAGAUAGCAACGUUUUCUCAAGACGAUAUAAAUAAAAACUUAGUUUUAUUCAAGCAUCAGGGUAAGGAGUAUGGGAAGAUGGCUUUUUGGAUUUCUGAUGGGUUGUUCGAUGUGAACGGAAACUUGGAGAUCCAGGCGUCACCGCCGUUUAUAAGGAUGUACCCGACAAACGGGUCUAUUGUUGAGAAUGGAAAGGCAGUGGUCAUCACAACAAGGGAAAUGCAGGUGGACACGAACAUGAAUUGUCUAGAAGAGGAUAUCCGUUACGAGGUGACUCUCGAGCCCAAACACGGGACUAUCGAGGUGGGAGAAGGCCAGGGUGCUUUCACCUUCACUCAGUUGGACGUGGCGGCCGGUCGGGUCGCUUAUAGGCAUCGCGAGCCUGAUACCCCUGUGGACCAAUUUAGGUUCAAAGUGAUGUGCCUUGACACUUGGGGCGAAGGCACCUACCCGAUCAAGAUAUACCCAUCGAGCUACUGGGAGCCACUUAAGGUCACCACGAACCGGCCGCUGGUGGUAGAAGAGUCUACUAGUGUCAAUAUCUCUAGGGAUGUGCUUGAGGUGAUGCACCCUCAAAUCGAGCCUUCCAACAUCGUAUACAAAGUCACUGAAGGGCCCUACUACGGUUGGCUCGAAAUCACUUCGACACCGCUCUCGUUCGAACUCGAAAACUACGAGGAGCCCGUUCACACCCGCGUUUUCGACCAAUCAAUUAUAAACGUCAACCGUUUAAUGUACGUCCAAUCUGGAGUGAAUCGCACUAGAGACAGAAUAAAAAUGGACGUUACCAACGGCAUUGUUUGGUUGAGAGAUGUCGAAUUGACAAUAAUAAUAAUACCCGAACAUUUCUACGUGAUCGCGACGAAUUUGACGGUUGUUGAAGGGGAAAUAGUGAGCGUCAGACCGGAUUUGUUCAGAACGAUAACGGAUUACUAUCGUGGGAAAGUCGUGUCGUAUAAAGUGAUCGAGAAACCGAAGUACGGGAAAAUAGUGAUGGGCGAUCAGGAGUUAGCUUUGUUGCCGGUUUUGAAACUCAACUCGGGAAAUAUACAGUACAUAAAUGACGGCUCAGAAGAAUAUCUGGACACAUUCAAGCUUCAAGCUAUAACUGAAAGCGGGAAGGAAUCUGAACCAUUCCUAGUGUAUAUCAAUAUAAUGCCAGUGAACGACGAAACGCCUAUAGUGGCUGCUAACACGGGUUUGUGCGUUUGGGAAGGCGGCACUUUUACGUUUACCAGGAACGAGUUGUAUGUGAACGACAUAGAUACGCCUCUGGAAAACGUGACCAUCCGAGUGGUUGACAUCAUAUCAGGUUACAUAGCGAUGAGUGGCGCCCAAGACGUGGCCGUAGAUCACUUUACCCAGGCCGAUAUUGAUAGGGGACAUGUUUUGUUUGUCCACAAAGAGGGAUCAAAAGGCAAAAUGAUAUUCAACGUAACGGACGGUCUUCACGAAUUAUCAAAAAUAACUUUCCUUAUCACAACUAAACCGGUUUCUCUCAAAUUAAUCAGAAAAAAUAACCUAAGAGUGUUUCCUCUCAUGAGGGAGCCAUUGAAUAACUACUUCCUAAUGUCCAAAUGCUCAGAUUUGACGCGAACGAUUAUAUACAAAGUUGAUCGCGCUCCAACACUGGGCAGACUUGUCAUGUUGAACGGAGAAAACCAUCACAGGUCAAUAAAACAAUUCUCCCAACAAGAUGUCAAUAAUUCCGUAGUGUGCUACGAACAUACACAUCCGUUUUCCGAUUUGUAUACGAAUGACUCAUUCAUUUUCACGGUUGAAGCACCUCUAGCCAAACCGAUUACAGAUCAAGUUUUUAAUAUCGAUAUAUCGGUUUCUACCGGAGGAUUAGCGAAAUACGUUUACGUGCCUCAAAUCAAAGUACAAGAAGGUGAUAAAGUGCCAAUACAUGUGAAUGUUACUAAUGUUAUCGCGUAUUUAGAAACGCAGGCUGGUUUGAGACAGCCGCAGGUAGAGGCGCAAUGGUCUCAGCCGGCCCACGGGGAGCUAAAGCCUCCGAUGACGUCAUUAACCCAGUCACAACUUGAAGGGGGAGUCGUGAACUAUGAACAUGACGAUUCAGACACCUUACGCGAUAAAAUCGACAUGGCAUUGUUUCUAUUGCCCGAUUAUGUCCUCCUUUGUAACAUAACUAUUCCGAUACACAUAAUACCAGUGAAUGAUCAACCGUUUAGAUUGCUAACUGACACGCCGCAGAUACAAGUGGUACAAGGCGAGAAUUAUACCAUAACUAGAAAAGAUUUGUUAACUGAAGACGCCGAUACUGGGCCAUCAGGUAUCUUAUACGACAUUAUUAGCGGUCCCACCCAAGGAAGAAUAGUGAUGUUAGACAAAAACCAGACUAUAGAUGAGGCCCAAAGCAUAAACAAGUUUACACAAGAAGAUAUCAAUAAUGGCAGAGUGAUUUACGAACAUUCUGGAAUGCUGCAAACGGCCACAUUUUAUUUCAGAGUUUGGGAUGGUCAAUUUAAGCCCACGUACACAGUGUUUACAAUAGAUGUUAUACCAGUAAUACUCAACGCUACUUCGAUGCGUCCGAUCAGCUUGCAGCAAGGUUCGAACGUAGCGACCGUAUCUCCAGACCAAAUAUACAUAGAAACGAAUGCGGCUAUAACAAAAGUUUGGUACAAUAUAACUCGCCAACCUUUGCACGGUAUGAUCUACGUCGGAAGAAAUCCAGUGAACUACUUCUCUCAUAAAGAUUUAGUCGAUAGAGUUGUCAUUUACAUGCAGAACGAUAUGACCACCGCUAACGAUAGUUUUGAUCUCAUAGCGUACGUUCACAAUAGUAAUUCUACGCGCCCAUUUACGAUAGGCGUGACAGUUCAGCCUUUGAUGAAACCAUUGGGCGAUUUGCGAGUCGAAGGCGACAAGGCAAAGAUAACUUUGAACAUAAUGGACGCUACGGGAUUGGCCGAUUUGACUGCGAGUGAUCCGGUGUAUACGAUAUUACGUAAACCGAGAUACGGUGCGAUCAAGAAGAUAAUUAGAAGUUCUGGGGAGAAAACUAGUGCGAGGGAGAGGGAAGUAGCGUAUUUCACUCAUGAAGAUAUAAAGGCGGGCGUGAUAUAUUACGUUAGUAAAAGGAAACAGGAAUUGAACAGUGUCGAGGAUAGCUUCAGGUUUCUGUUGGCGGCAUCGAUUUUCCAGCCCGCGGCGGGGGAUGUCAGGGUGUUUAUAGGGAAUAGGCCGAAGAAGAAUCUGCCGGGGCCCAAUGAUCCAGAGAGCCAUGAAGGUGUUCCUGUAGCAAACGGCGAAACAGCGUCUUAUUAUAUGAUGAUUCUCAUGGCGCUCUCUGGUACUGUACUCGCCAUUUUAGUGAUAUUCGGGCUGCUCAAAUGCCGCAGAUUCUUGCUUCGGGAUCAGAACGCGUUGGUUAAGAUUCACGGGCAAAGCCAGGGGGCGGUUGCUCCUAUACCGCUUCCUCGGCCGCCUGAUCAUUUGAUGCCGUCGCCUGCGCAAGGGACGCCGCCUAUCAAACGAUACGUGUCAUCUGAACAAUCGGUGCACACUGGCGCCAGUACCCCCUUGCCUUCGGGCGGCAGCGUCGCGUGCAAAGUGACUCCCCUAGCAGACCCCAUGCUGCCUGAUCUUAACGCUCGCUAUCCGUACGGCGCUGACGAUCACACUGACGCGGAAGACUGGAGUAGUUACGAAGCGAGCGAGACUGCUUACCCAAUCAGAGCGCCGGGCGUGGCGCCCGCGAAUCCGAUGCUUCGACGCAACCAAUACUGGGUCUGACCCAAGGACACAUUCACACUGCCUAGGGUUCCUAAACCUGUAACGCUGACACAAAACUCAGGAUGCGUGACGUUAACCCGUCGUUUGCAAGAGAGACGGGUCGAGUUGGUCCCGACGCCGUUCCUACUCAGCAACUACAAGGUUAAACAUGCCAACAGAGAGGUCACCUUGUAAGCUGUCUUACAUUACCAUAUUUUUGACAAUCUGCCACCCCCUUAUUCACAAAUGUUGAUAAGCUAUAGGUCUUAUUAACUCUCUCUUUCUAUCAAUUCGGAUAGCCAACAAGAUAGUAAGAGAUAAUAGAUAAGACAAGUCUUUUCAGGCUUCGUGAAUAGACCUCCCCAUCGUACUGUUUAAAAUAUUUGUUAUUUAAAAUGAGGCAUGCGAGCAUGCCUUUACAAAAAAUUAACAGCGAAAAACACGAUUUGUGUCUUUUAAUCCAACGAAUAUCGUUUAUGACGAAUAUUAUUGAUGGUUUGCCGUUACAUGUUACCUAUCGAAUUUAGUAAUAUAUAAUUACAGUUUUCGACAUAGUUUUAGACAUAACGAAAUAUUGCAAUGUUUUUGAUGAAGUGUGGACAGGAGCAAAUAUCGUUAUGAAGGAACAGUUACUGGAUUGAAAGUAAUAAUUUUGUUUCAACAGCACAUUUGUGAUUUUAGUCAGGUUUCACAAAGCGUGAUAAAGUACAAAUUCUUUACUGUAAUAGAGAUGACAAUGAAUAAAUAGGGCAUUCAAAAAAGGCGACCGUAUCGCGUUCUGUCUACUUAUAAUUUUAUUCAAAUAUUACGUUAGUACACACACAUUAGUAUUAACUUUUAACGAAAUUUGGUCUUGGUCACUUCUCCGAGCAAAAUGUAAAGACAGGAAAAUUGUCGACGGGUUUGUAUGCGUUGUGAGUAGAAAAAGAUCGUGUCAUUGCGUUUAGUAUUAGAAUAGAGGUUAGAUAGUUCUAGUGAUAAAUUUUGAAAGUAUUUAUAGUCCACAGGUUAAUUUGAUAAUAGUAAGAAAAUUGAGUAAAAUCAGAAAAUAUUUUUUCACUCUUUUGGUAAUUUUCCAAAAUCCAUGAUGUUUUUGUUUUAAUUAUUUCAUAUUGCUUCUACCAUGUUAACUAUAUUAAAUUUCGCAUUGAAUAGAUUACAAUACAGGUCGGUCGCACGCACAAACUUAUUUUUUUGAGUAACUUUCUUUUUACUCUUACCACCUAAUUAAAAUUACAUUGUGUACCAAAAUAGACAUAGUUUAAUAGAUUUAUAAUGGAUUCUCAAAUUGCAAUAAAAACAGAAGCCUCAUCGCGUAUAAAUGCGCUUGUAAUUACAGUACAAGAUAUAUUUUUAAAUUUAUACAUCGCUUAGAGUAGUAUACGCCUAUGACUAUUGAAUCUGGCUUUAUUCUUUAUUAUAGUUACGAAUUAUAUCAGCUCUAAUAACACUAAUAGUAAGUAUAAGUAUUAUUUUAAGCCAGUUAUCCAUUAGAUGUACCAUCGAGGUAUCGGGUGGAUGACUGGUUAUAUUUUAGUAUUGCAGUAUUCAAAUGUUUAUUUACUAGUUUUAGUGGCUACUGUACUAAAAUAUCCUAUUACAUAUUACCUCAUACCAUUGAACAGACUGGAUUUUAUAAGUAAUCUGAGCAAUAAUAUAAAUGUAUGAAAAGUCCAGACUUGAAUUCGCGAUUUCAACAUGUUUAGGUUUGUUAUAAGCCAUUGCUUGAUUUCCUUUUAACGUCGCUACUGGUGGUAGCCCUCAGAUGAGGCAAAAAUGGUCAGGCAUGAAUUACAUAAACCAAAUAAAGAAAUGUGAUCAGAUCUUCGUUUGCAACAGUAAACAAUACACAAAUAUGCCAAUGAUAGUGCCAAAGCGAUACGUAUAUACACUAGUUUAUUAUUCGUUAAUAUUUUAGACUAAUUUUAUUAAAGGUUAAUUUAGAUUAAGCCCUCCUAAUGCAACCUAAGUUAAUGUUAACGGAUAAUUUUUAAUAUGUUGAAACUCUUUGUUAGAUAAGUGUGCCAUUGAAGAUGACUUAGUUUGUACUUAAAGUAUUUUAUAUUAUAGGUUUAGCGCUUAAUUAAAGUGGUACCGGGAUUUUAUUCGUGACUUAAAUUUCAAAAUGAUUGAUUUUCUUGUUAAUUUUAAAUACAUAUAGAUGCAGACACUUAAAUGACAUGUAUUUUCAUACCUAGGUACCUAUUUAGCCAAACGCUAGAAGUAUAAAUAUGUUGCCAAUAUAACGAUUUUAUACUAAAAAAAUAACUUAUUUUAUUGGGUAAAAUUAAUACAUUGAAAAUUUAUAUCUUAAAAUGUUUAAAUAAAAUAAUGUUAAUAUGAAUUAUACUCGCUUUGUCUAUGAAAAAACAUGGUGAAAGUUAAUUUUCUUACAAAGUUUAACUUUUGUAGCAUCGUAAUUUUAAAAUUGUCUCAUCGAAGCGUAAGUAUAUCAGCGCCGUAUAGACAUGACGUCUAACAAGACGAUUGGUCUGCUUUUCGUCCGUAGUACAAACCAAUAGUAUUCUUACGCUCUGUAAAAAAGUGCCUAGUUUCGUAGUUCUGUGUAAGGUUUCGUGUUUCAUAGACUUGUUUAAGGUAGGGCUCAUAGCAUUUAUAGAGAUAUAUUAAGUAUCAAGUUGGCUAUCGCAUGAGAGUUUUAUACAGUGCCAAUUUUAUUUUAUUUUCUAAAUUAUCACAAAGACUUGGACUCAUUUGUGAGUAUAUUUAUUUUGUGUCAUUUUGCCCAUUUUGCCAAAGCUUGUAUACAAGAUUGACGUGAAAAAUAAGAAAAAAAAAACAAUCGAAAAUACUCAAUUUAAAUGUUCUUAAGUACUUUAGCAUUUUGUAUGGAGUGAAUUACGAAAUAAA